GAGAAAAAUUCGAAGAUUCUAAGUACAAAAAGUGCAAGCAAAGGGAACAGACCUAAGAAUAAGUGUGUUCAGAUACGGAGAUUCUAAUACAUAUCGCAGUGUGUUUACUGGUGUCUAGUAGACACUGUCUACUAACCUUUUUGAUCAUGUGAUGUACAUGUAUUCAUACUUGAAUGAUGCUGGCCACUAAAUCGAAAUUGCGGAUAUUAGCGCUUCACGGAUAUAUGCAAUCAGACGUGAUCUUUAGUGCUAAAUUAGGAUCGUUGAGAAAAGGAUUUAAAAAAGAAAUAGAGUUCACGUUUAUAAGAGCACCACAUAAAGUUCCACCCCAAAAUAAAACUGGUCAAGAGGAUACAGAUGAAAAUGGAUACGGAUGGUGGUUUAAUACAGAGGAUCAUGUGUUUAAAGCUGUAGUGCCUAGUAACUUGUGUGUAGGAUUCAAUGAUAGUGUAACUGUGAUCGAGAAAGUGUUCUCAGAACAAGGUCCUUUCGAUGGAAUAUUGGGUUUCUCACAGGGAGCAGCUUUUGUCAGUAUACUAUGUGCUAUGAAGAAGAAGAAAAUAUUACAAAUCGAGUUUGACUUUGUUAUUGUGAUAUCUGGAUUUAAGUCACUGUGUGUACCUCACGCAAAAUAUUAUGAUGAAGAAAUCGAUAUGCCUUCCUUGCAUAUUUAUGGAGAGAACGAUCAAGUUAUUCCAACAGUAAUGGCAGAGCAAAUUAGUUGUCUAUUCUCAAAUAAGAAAGAGAUACGACACGAAGGUGGACAUUACGUGCCGAGUAAAAAAGAUAUUUAUAGGGAUUUUGUAAUGGAAAUGCUUAGCAAAUAUAAGAACUUAAGUAGUUAACAAUGGUCUUAUUUUAUUAUUAAAUUUUAUUUACCCGGUUUAGCAUGCAAUUCUAUUCGAAAACAAUUGCUUGUGUACAUGAAUAAUAGAUAAAUACAGGGCGAAUCAGUCGUUGAACUAGCUUUUUACUCUAUAAGAAAAUAAUUGACUGCACAUGUUAUAAUUCAAUUAGAUAUGAAGUCGAUAAUUUUAUCAUAGGAUAAAAAGUUCGUUCAACAACUCUGAUUCACUUUGUAUAUGCUAAAGGAUUUUCAAAAAUAUUAAAUAAAGAUAUGUAAUCAUGUACAAUAUAUUUUUGUUCACUAUCACGUAGCAUGACAUUACUUGUGUAUUGUUACAAGUCUUAUCGUAGCGUAUAGUUAAAAUGGUGUUGCCAUUAGUUAUAAAACUGUAUAAGUUAGACAAUAAUUAAUAGGAUACAAUAUUAUAGAACUAAAGAUCAUUAAUUAGAGCAUAUAUUUUACAUUUAUAAUUGUGUACUAUAUCAGAUCAGAUCCAGUCUGUCUUAUAUGACAAUACGCUGUAACUACCAAAUUUGUAAUUUAGACAUUACUAGAGUCAUACAUGUUAAAUAAAAAAAUUUAAUGCUUCUUUUACAAAACAUUGCAUUUGAUUUUCCUUGUGGUGUAAGAAAUACGUAUACAGAAUAAGUGAAAGUGUGGAGAGAGAGAGAGA